AACCUCAACAAAAAUUUCAAAAUUUUGCAUCUUUUUUUUGGAAUUUGUUUGUUGGUGGCCUAAAAAUGUCUCGAUCGUGCUGUCGGGCCGCUGCCCAGCGCGGUGAUCCCACGACCUGCAUUCCCUGGUGUCCGCGACUGGAGCCGAUGAAGGCCUGCACCUGCUCGUCGCCGCAGCACCAGUGGUGGAACCGGAACUGUGUCAUCGUCCGGCUGCUGGCCAACGCCGUCGACCAGUCCGCCGGGAAUGUCUGCACGUUCCUCUACCAGCUCACCCUGAACCUGUUCAGCCGGAUCCUGGGGCCACUGGUCAUGGGCUGGAACACGCUGAAGGUGCCCUUCGCCAUGUCCGACACCUUUGACCUGUACUACGGCAUCUUCGAUGAGAAUGGCGACCUGCGGCGACCCAUGGCGAUGAAGACGUUCGUGCUGCUGCUCAUCAUGAUGAAGCGCUUCCUGUGCCUCCCCUGUCGCAUGAUGCGGCCCAGGGACAAGACCGGACACAGUCCCAUAAUGUUCUGCACGAAGACGAUGGGGGUGUUCACCAAUCCGAAUGUGGGACCCAACCCCUUCGGCUCGCCCCAUAAGGUCCCGGCGUCUGAUGAUAUACGGGCAGGGCUAAGGAGACUGGGAAUGCCCAGGUCUUCGUCUGAGUGUUCGUUGGAUUCGGAUGACAUGCCCUACGGAUACGCACCUGCCUUGUGCUGUUGCAAUGUCUCCGGCCCCUCGGGACCCUUGCCCAUGAGUCAAAGACCCGCUCCGGGCGCUGGACUACCGGAGAGUGAGAUUCAACAGGCCUGCGAAAAGCAUUACCAGGUAUCCAGAGAUCACACUCCUCCAGUUUGUAAGAAGCUUAGUCCCGGGCAAGUCGUGAAACUACAGAUGAAGGCCCUUUCCGACUUCUACGAAGUCGUGGGCCAGGGCAAAUACAAACCCCGGCUGCUGCCCGCUGGUCCUCAAGGCAGUCCCAAGCCAGCGAUAAGUCCGUGCGAGAAGAGCAACCAAGGACGAGCUGAAGGCGGACACAUGCCGGUGGUGUUAUCCCGGAGCUUGAUGCCUCCAGACAGCACAAAGCAGGAGAUGAUUCGAGCCGUGGGUGGAUACAACGAGCAACACCUGUUGUCCGUUGAUGAGGACCCUCCGAAUAGCAAUAAUGGACACGGCAUUGCCUCAACGGAUAGCAAGCAGGACCUUGAGGCCCGGAGAUACCCGUACGUGCCAUCCGAGGACACGUCCUGCGAUGACUGGUUAGAGGUGAUUAGCCAAAGGAUCAGGUUCCGCCACAGGCAGUUGCAGGACCUUGAAUACAGAAAGGACACUGACUAUAGGAGAAACCCCUACAUGGAGUCCGAUAUGGAGUCCUCGAGCGAUGACUGGGUGGAGGCGCCUGUCAGGCACACCAGGGACCCCAUAAGAGAAGCGAUUGAUAAGGCACCGUUCAUUAAGCUAAGAUCUUUUCUACGGAGAUGGGAAAGCGGUUCCAGCAGCGAACACUCGACUAAAAUAGUCUAUCAAAGACAACCUUCCGCGGAGAAACGUCGGCGCCAACCAUCGACUGGGCCACCAGCCCAAGGCCUCAAGAAAGGUGAACCAAAAAAGCGUGUCCGGUUCAUCGAUUCCAUCAAAGAAAGUUUCCUAACGAAUUUCAUACAAAGAAAGGACCAAUCGAAGCAGAAAGAUGCCCGAAGAAAACCACUCAAGCCUGUGGAUCCUACAAGUGCAAAGAAGGUACCAAAGCAAGGACUCCCAGCCAAGGAAAAAGAUGAGGGCCAAAAGAGAAAGCAAAGGAGUCUGAAGACAACCGAAAGCCAGCAGGAACGGAUCUGGACAGUGGAAGAUGAGAUCAGGGAAAAACUACACAAACGCUUCGCUUUUAAGAUACAAUUUUAAACAUCUGAUAGCAAAAUUUCGAUCCAGAAGCCAGAAGAUCUUAAGAGCCCAAAUUAUAAUCUGAAAAUUCUAUUUAGUGGUUCAUUGUUUUUGAAAGGCCAACAAUAAAGUGUCCAUAAAUCAUGA